UAUUUCUGAUGUCAUCGGUGUGCGACAGACCACGCGGAAGGGUAUGUCAGCACUGCAUGUUACAGUGAAUGGUGUAGAUGUGUUAAACCGUGUUCAUAGGUUGGUCAGUUGUUUACUGUAUCGUAAUUGCUUUAGACAGACACCCGUAUCCAGUAGUGGCCUCGACAUUAUUAAUAAUAUAGCGAGAUGUAAGCAGCCCCGGCGAGAUUUACACACCACCCACAACCCGAUCAGUGUUUUCAGAGCAAAUUUGAGCAUCAUGGAAACGAAAGAGUUGAACAACGCAGAAAGUGUGAAGGAGCAAGCGUCAAGAGUGAACGAGAGCGAAAACGCAAAGGAAACCUGCAAGAAAAGGAAAAGCGAAGACCCCCUGGAGCACGAGAUAAACCGAGGGGGUAAGAAGCGAAGGGGGCGCAAACAGAAACCUGGGGAGAGAUAUGUUCCUCCGCCGCAAAAACGAAAUCCCGGGGUGAGUUUUAACCAAGAACACUUUGCAGAAACGUCGUACUAUUUUGAAAAAGGACUUCGCAAAGUGCAUCCCUAUUACUUCGAUUUUAAAACUUACUGCAAGGGACGCUGGAUCGGUAAAACACUGUUAGAAGUGUUCAGCAGUGAAUUUCGUGCAGAACCACUGGACUACUACGAGAAAGCAGUGAAAAAGGGACGUAUUCGACUGAAUGAGACGCCCGUGGACGACCUAAAUAUAACACUGAAGAACAAUGACUUCAUGAGGAACACUGUGCAUCGCCAUGAACCACCUGUAAUUGGUCAGCCAAUGAAGGUCUUGGUAGAUGAUGGUGAAGUGGUGGUGGUGGACAAACCUGCCUCUCUACCCGUGCAUCCGUGCGGCCGUUAUCGCCACAACACCGUCAUCUUCAUCCUGGGAAAAGAGAGAGGCCUGUCUGGCCUUCACACUGUCCACCGUCUCGAUCGCCUCACCUCAGGCAUCCUUCUGUUUGCUCGCACUCUGGAGAUGUCCAAGAAACUGGACCGGAUGGUUCGGGAUCGCCAGUUGGAGAAGGAGUAUGUUUGUCGUGUGGAGGGUGAGUUUCCUGACAGCGAGGUUGUGUGUGAAGAACCGAUUCUGGUAGUCUCAUUCAAGGUGGGUGUCUGCAGAGUGGAUCCCAAAGGCAAAGACUCCCGUACAGUUUUCCAGAAACUCAGCUAUAACGGGCGCUCUAGCGUGGUGCGUUGUCUCCCACUCACAGGGCGCACACACCAGAUCCGUGUGCACCUCCAGUAUCUGGGCUUUCCCAUUCUUAAUGACCCUAUUUAUGGCUCCUCUGCCUGGGGCCCAAACAGAGGCAAGGGAGGCCUGGUGGGUAAGAACGAUGAGGAGCUGCUGGAAGCUCUUAUUGAGGAGCAUCGUUCUAACGAGAGUUUGUACCUCUUGGAUAUCUCUGAUGAGAUGUUAAUGAUAAAGAGCGAACCUAAUGCGGAAACCAGUGGCAGUGCUCAGACAGUCAAGGAUAAAUCUGUGAACACUGCAGGUGAAGAAUCAUCUUCAAGUUCAAAUGAUAAUGGAGCGAAUAGUACACAUGCAGAAGAGAGCAGUUCUCACCUGGAGGACAUCAUCAGACCUGCAGACACAACCCCGGUCGUCAGAGAUCACUUAUGUUCUGAGUGUAAAAUCGUCCGUCCGGACCCUACAGAGAAGGAGUUGGUCAUGUACCUGCAUGCAUUACGCUACAAGGGGCCUGACUUUGAGUAUUCCACAGAAAUGCCUGACUGGGCUAAAGAAGACUGGGUGCAGGAUUGAAAUACCUGUUGACAUUAUUUUCGUUUUUUUUUUUUAUUUAUUCUGUACAAUGAGUGAAUGGAAAAUGACUGGCAUUUGGUUUUACAUUUAGAAUUAGAACUUUUAUCACACAAUGUGCAAAUUUCAGUAAAAAUCAGCUUUAAUUAAAAAUGGCGGAAAAAAUCUGGAAAAAAUCGCUCAGUAAAAUAUAAAUCUUUAUUGACCUUCUCAGUCACAUUUACAUAUUUCAUUCUUAAUCCUUUUCAUCACACAUCGACAUAAAACAAUUUCAAUGUUUCUCAAACAUGACAUCACUGUUUAUAACAAAUAAUUUUUACUUUUUACAUUUGGCACUUUGUACACUAAAAAGGUAUGACAGCAUUCCAGACACAUUUUGUUUGCUGGCAUACUAAUAAAGCAUGGACCUCAGCUUAAUAAAAUGUAUUAAUGGACUACAAAUAUUCAACGAUGCUGUCAAUAGUGAUUGACUUAAAUGUGUGAAUGCUGGGAAAAUUGACUGAAACCACCAGUGGCACAAAUUUGUCAAAGGAUUAAAACUUUUUUUGAAUGAAA